AGGAAGUGAGUGGAGCUGCUCUCAGCCAAUCAGAUUUGCGGAUAACGCUCCGACAACAAACAAAAGAUCGAGGCUAGCUGAGCUCAUUAUACUUUGUCGAUCCGUCUACCCAAACGUUAGUUGUUACUUUGUUCACAACAACAACCGUCUCCUCUGUCUUUUAACUACUUUCUUUUGAGCCUGCGUGGCAGACAGUCUUCUUCUGGCGUCUCUAUUUGUGGCUUUGUGUCAGCUAAUGUCAACCUGAGCCAUUUCAGCGAUCGCUUUGCCUUUGCUGGCCAAGCUAAACGCGUUAGCCAGGUUAGCUACUCGGCUAACCAGCUCUGGCUGCCUCUCUACAACCAGCAAAGCCAGUUAGCUUAGCCUGCUAGCUAGCUAGCUUUGCUAAACCUCCCUUUAAAACUUGACUGACACAAGUGUCUCUGGCUUGUUGCUGACAAGCCAAUUUACUAAAACUCGUGUCGUAGCUAUGUCUGGACAGUCAUCGGGCUGUGGGUUUCUCAUGUCGGUUGUUGUCCACGGAGACUCGGCUCUGAACGAGCAGGAAAAGGAGCUCAACCAGCGACUCCGACUUCUCUAUCCAGCCGUUAAUGAAAAUGAGACUCCGCUUCCUCGGUCCUGGAGCCCGAAGGACAAGUUUAGCUACAUCGGACUGUCUCAGAACAACCUCCGUGUACACUAUAAAGGUCAUGGCAAAACCCCCAAAGAUGCAGCAUCUGUACGGGCCACUCAUCCCAUCCCAGCAGCCUGUGGGGUCUAUUACUUCGAGGUGAAGAUCAUCAGCAAAGGCCGAGAUGGGUACAUGGGCAUCGGCCUCUCAGCUCAGGGUGUAAACAUGAACAGACUCCCUGGUUGGGACAAGCACUCAUACGGUUACCACGGAGAUGAUGGACACUCCUUCUGCUCAUCUGGCACCGGGCAACCCUACGGACCAACGUUUACAACAGGCGACGUGAUUGGCUGCUGCGUUAACCUCAUCAACAACACCUGCUUCUACACAAAGAAUGGCCACAGCUUAGGUAUUGCCUUCACAGACCUACCACAGCCUAACUUGUACCCGACCGUGGGCCUUCAGACUCCAGGGGAGGUGGUGGACGCAAACUUCGGCCAGCACCCCUUCGUGUUCGACAUUGAAGACUACAUGCGUGAGUGGAGGACAAAGAUCCAGGCCCAGAUAGACCGCUUCCCCAUUGGAGAGCGUGAGGGCGAAUGGCAGUCCAUGAUCCAGAAGAUGGUGGCUUCCUACCUGGUGCACCACAGCUAUUGUGCAACGGCUGAAGCCUUUGCCAAAUCCACAGACCAGGCCGUGCACGAGGAGCUGGCCUCCAUCAAAAACAGACAGAAGAUCCAGAAGCUGGUGUUGUCAGGUAGAAUGGGCGAGGCUAUCGAGACCACACAGCAGCUCUACCCCAACCUCCUGGAGAGGAACCCAGACCUUCUCUUCAUGCUCAAGGUGAGACAGUUCAUAGAGAUGGUGAAUGGGACAGACAGUGAGGUGAGAUGUCUGGGAGGUCGCAGCCCAAAGUCUCAGGACAGUUACCCCGGCUCCCCCCGGCCCUUCAGCAGCCCCAGCCACAAAGCCAGCAGCUCCCAGCCCUACAUCCCAGGGUUUGACAGCAACUGCUGUAAUGGUGUGACAUCUAAUAAGAGCCACAGCUCCUCCCCUCACAGUCACAAGCCCUGCCCCCCAGGUUCUGGCUCCACCCUCCCAGCGUCUGACAUUAGCCUCAACGGGAGCCGCAGCCAACAGCCCAUAAUCAGCGAUGUGGAUAUGGAGGUUGACCACUUCACUAACGGAGUGACAGAGUCUUCCUCCAAUGGUUUCCUCAACGGCAGCUCCAAACACACCACCGAACCCGACGACUGUGAUGCAGACAUGGAGGUGGAGUCAGCUCAGUCCAAGAGGCAGCUGUGCGGCGGGAGCCAGGCGGCCAUCGAGAGAAUGAUCCAUUUCGGCAGGGAGCUCCAGAGCAUGAGCGAACACCUCCGCCGCGAGUGUGGCAAGAACUCAGCCAACAAGAAGAUGCUUAAGGAUGCGUUCAGCCUGCUGGCCUACUCAGACCCCUGGAGCAGCCCAGUCGGCUACCAGCUGGACGCCAUUCAGAGAGAGCCGGUCUGCUCCACUCUCAACAGUGCAAUAUUAGAGACUCACAACCUGCCCAAGCAGCCCCCCCUGGCCCAGGCCGUAGGUCAGGCCGCCCAGUGCCUCGCCAUCAUGGCACGAACUGGCAGCGGCUCCUGCGCCUUCGCCUCUGUGGACGAUUACCUGCACUAGCCCUGUGUACACGCACACGCACACACACACACACACACACACACACACACACCUCCCUAACUCUCUCUGAGGACUUGUCCAGAAAUUUCUCCCUCCACCUCCUCCAUCAGUGUGGUCAUAUUGGCUGAGGAGAGGCUUCUCUGCGCGAUAAGAAGUAGAAAGUUAACCACCUCACUCGCUUCUUGUUCGGCUUUCACCGAUCGACACAAACACCUCUGAGGACCCGGAGUAAUUUCUGGACAGAUCUUUAGAUUGCCGACACAUACCCAGACACACACAUUUAAAACACACAGACACACACCUCCCUCUCCAUCGUAAAUAUGAAACUACACCUCCUACAUGGUUGGCCUCACAAGCCCCCUCCUCCAGCCCUCCGAGGCUGCAUUUGCAUCAUACUGACUGACCGCGGGGACACCAGCCAUGAGUAGCCGACUUGAAAAUACUCGGAGAACUCUUAUGGACUCGCUGCAGAUACAAAGCCCCCGUAUACGUGGGGGCAUCAAGCCAGGGCGGACAGACUGAUCAACCCCUGGUCAAACAUAAAUGGAAAACUUAAGACAAAAACAACGAGAAAAGAAAGCCGACGUGUGACCGUCAUGGCCGACCUGGUGCACCAGGCAAACGUGCGCACACACACAAAACACACGCAAACACAGAGGCAGGCUGACGCUAAAAACAGGAUUGAAAAGCCCAUCUCCACCGAGGCUUGUGGAGUCCUCAAACUCCAGCCAACGCAGGGCUCCAUUAGGGACAGAAAGACUACC